CGUAAAGCGCCUUGAGGUCACCUUUUCAUGACAAGCGAUACAAAAUAAAGAUUGAUUGAUAUCUACAUUUUGUUUUCUGAACUUCCAAAUUGUUGACACUAUCCUCGUGUGAUAUGUUUACGAAGGUGUAAAGUUAUCUUCUAUUUGGUACCAGUAAAAUGUUAUUAAUUGAUUUAUAUUUAGCCAUAGCCGAUGCCCAAUUUUGACAUAAGUUAAUGUUAAUAUCUCUCUUAUAACUAAAACCUGUAGUUUUUUUAUUAUCAUGAAUUAGCAAUGCUCUGCUGCUAUGUACAUUAUUAAACUAGAGUGCCUUUUUCAGUACCCUUGGACAAAAGAGAUGACAUUUCUUUUUUCUAUUUUAAUGACAAAAAAAUUCAGAUCUGAUUUAAUGUUCUCUAAGAAUAUUGGACAUUUCUUUUUAGCAGGAGCAUAAUUUUUUCACGGUAAUUGAAUUAAGUUUUGAUGUAACAUUGUCUUUGAUGGUUUAUAAUUGUAUGAGCAAAAUUAACCAAAUUAGAGGCUAAGGAAUUUUAUUUUCCUACAAUUUAUAAUUUGCUUGGCAUAGCUCAAUUUACUUUUCUUUUCGAAAAAACUUACCUUUAAUGACUUACUUUGGAAAAUAAUCUACCGGCAAAAAUUAUGUUGUUUGGAUUUUUAUAAUGAAAGAAAAUUACGUAAAAAAAUGUAAUUUGUUUAUAAAGAUGAGUGCAAUCUCAAGGUCUUUUAUUAUUAUUCUUAUUAUUCAUAGGUCCUGGAAGUAGUUUCUUGUUAUAAAUUGCAGCACAACCUCCCGACAGUUUGAAGAAACAUGGAAAGCGUGCACGGCUGAGUUGCGGAUGCUGUGACAUGCGCGCCUGACUGAAGACUUCGAGGGAGCAUGGCAGGACCUUUCCCAAAAGCCUCGUCGUUGUCAAACCUACUGCAACAGGUGGAGGCGGCCACAUCUCCCUCGAGCAGCCUGGGGGCACAGAGCCAGAGGCAGUGCCGCGAGGGCAUCAUGAACCCGGGGCCCUGCUCCGAGGCAGACCGGGGCUUCUGCAUCAACAACAGGGACAUGCCCAUGGCGGCGUCAUCAUCGUCGUCCUUCAGCGAGGCACAUGGCUACGAGUACUCCGGGGCCUCGCUCUACCAGCCACUGCCUCCCUCGUGCACAGAGUUCUCAAUUGGAGCUCAUCAACAACAACAACAUCAGCACCAGCAUCACCAGCACCAGCAUCAGCAGCACCACCACCAGCAGCAGCAGCAGCAGCAGCCACAGCCGCAGCAGAAUGGAGUUUUGGGCGAGGGGCAGAGUUCCCAUCUCUCUUAUCUUCCGCCCUCGACCGAGCUGCCCCAGUACGUGCCCUCCAGCCCCAGCGCGCCCUACAGCAUGGAGCUCGGGGCAGGGCGUCCUCACGGCUACGACCCAGGGCCACAGAGCCUCUACAGGGGCGGUGUGGAGAGCAGCGCCCCCCCGUACAGCGAGCAGCAGCAGGUGGUGGGCGGCGGCGGAGCCAUGUCGGCCAUGGGCUUGACAGAGCCACGCCACGUCAGCUCCGGAUCGCUACCCAGCAGCACGAGGCCCGAGCGCAGCACCCAGUUCUGUGCCGUGUGCAGCGACUAUGCCUCGGGGUACCACUACGGCGUGUGGUCCUGCGAGGGCUGCAAAGCCUUCUUCAAGCGCAGCACGCAAGGCCACAAUGACUACAUGUGCCCGGCCACCAACCAGUGCACCAUCGACAGGAACCGUCGCAAGAGCUGUCAGGCUUGCCGCCUGCGUAAGUGCUACGAAGUGGGCAUGGUCAAAGGCGUUCGCAAGGACCGCAAAGGCUUUCGAGGGGUCAAGCACAAACGUCAGCGCCCCAUCCCCCAGAAGAAUGGGGGAGGAGGAGGCGGCGGCGGCGGCCAAGACGUGAGCGAGACGAGGCCUCAGGGUGAGAGGCCCUCCGGGCCGAGGGACCGGGAGAGCGCCGUCAGCUCACUCGAGGCUGACCAGGUGAUCUCGGCUCUUCUGGAGGCUGAGCCACCCACCGUACUGUCCUCGUAUGACCCCGACAAGCCUGUGACGGAGGCCUCGCUCAUGGCUGCUCUCACCAGCCUGGCUGACCGAGAGCUCGUGCACAUGAUCACCUGGGCUAAGAAGAUUCCAGGAUUCACGGCCAUCGGGCUGAGUGACCAGGUGCAGCUGCUGGAGUGCUGCUGGCUGGAGAUCCUAAUCGUGGGGCUCAUCUGGAGGUCUAUCGAUCGCCCUGGUCAGCUCCACUUUGCUCCAAACCUCAUCCUAGGAAGGGAGGACGCGCGCAAUGUGGAGGGCAUGCUGGACAUGUUCGACAUGCUGCUCGUCACCGUGAGUCGCUUCCGUGAGCUGCAUCUCCGCCGGGAGGAAUACGUCUGCCUCAAGGCCAUGAUCCUCCUCAACUCGGGGGUGUUUUUCUGCCUCUCCAAUUCCGCCGGGGAGCAGACGAAUGUGCAGCUCAUCCAGCAGAUCCUCGAGAAGGUGAUGGACGCCCUGGGCAGCACCAUCGGCCACAUUGAGGCGUCCCCGCCGCAACACUCGCGUCGCCUCUCCCAGCUGCUCCUGCUGCUUUCACAGAUCCGGCACAUUAGCAACAAGGGCAUCGAGCAUCUCAACAGCAUGAAGCGUAAGAAUGUGAUCCCGCUAUACGACCUGCUCCUUGAGCUGCUGGACGCUCACAGCCUGCAGAAUACUGGCUUACGGACGUCGCCCCCACCGCAGGAUUUCAGGGCAACAUCCAAUGGGGACGGCGACGUGGCUGCGCAGCCGGGCGAGCAGGAGUACCAUCCGUACGUCGCCGCGGAUUUCAAGGCCCUCCACCAGCCCGAGUCGCGGGAGUUCCGGACGCAUGCGGAUAGGCCGUACCUUGGCGGUGGCCACGCCAACAGAGGGCCCGUCGCGACCGUCAUAGAGCCUGAAGUCAGGCCGCAGCACGAGAGGGAGUUCAGGGUGCAUACCCAGCGAGGAUUCAGAGAUCACGUGGAGAGGGAAUUCAUAACGCUGGGCAAAAGUAACAGCGCGUCGUCAGAGGCGGGAGGCCCCGUCACGUUCACGAGCAAGUCAUUGAUGUUUUAGUUAAGCGAUUCAGAGCGUCUGUUUUCAUGGGUGCAGGAUUCCAUUGGGGAUAAAUAUUAUCGUUGUUACCUCUGGAUGGUGCGUGUCCAUUGAUGAUUAAUUGCAACGGGGGCAUGUUAUUUUUACAACCGGAUCGCACAAUCUGUGGAACGUUAUUGUGAAUCAAACGAGUGACCUUUGCACUCCACUCCACAAAGUUUGCGGUGGCCAUGGUGUGGCCGGUCAUAAGAAGGCAUGAGACUGCGUGACGUGGCGACGAUAUCUACGGGCAAGCAACAGGCAGCGGUGCAGAUUCCCCAAGUGCAACUCACGCGCUCGUGCUGGGCUGUGUUGUUCUGUCGAUGGAUUCGUGAUCCGUGUUCCGUGGGCUCUGGAGAUACCGGAAUCAGAAUGAGGUGGCCUGGUGAUGGGACUUGGCACUAGAGAAAGUAAUAUUUUCAGCCAGAAAAUACACAUGCCAUCGUAUUUUAUAAUUUAUUUUUACCUGGAAUUUUUAAUUAACGAAAACCAAACGUUUUUAUUUGUAUCUGAUUAUGAAUAUACCAUUGAAUUAAUGCCUCGGCUGGCUUCUGUUUAUUUUUUAUUUUGAUUAUUAUCAAUGUGUACAUUUUGACAUUGUUAACCAUCUGAACAUUACAUUUAAAAACUUCACUGAUUGUUUUUAUAUUCAUGGGCUGGAUAUGAUAUUAAAACAAAAAGGCUGCACAUAUAUAGUAUGUAAAAGUUGUUCAGAAAUGGCUAUAAAUUAUUUUAAUUAAGCCCCAAGUCACCCAUUCUAAUAAUAAUAAUGACAACUUCUAUCGCAACUUAAUAUGGCAAGUCAUAUCAAGAGCGCUGAUCGAUUUCAGAAGAUCUCAGAAGCUAAACAGAGUUGAGCCUGCAUAUUGCAUGGAUGGAUGACCACGAUGCACAAACAGGUCUGAGACAAUGUUGGCAUGACACCUUCUGGGUGAGGAAGCACGUCGGGUGACACUGGCCAAGAGGACAAUUGUCUGAAAAAUAAGUCAUGGAGUUGAACCAGCAAUAGAGCUGGCCUGCAUUUGUGAUGGCCUGACUAGAAUUAAAAAUGCCCAAACAGUCUUGAUAGCAGGAUUCCCAAUGCCCGUGAGCAUGAGAGAUUUUGAGAUCCGGUUUAGAUAUAAGUCCUGGUACUCGCUACGUACUGUAUGUGGCGCUCUGCCACGCACAUUGUUUACUUCAAUCACACUUACUAUAUUAAUGCUGUAUUAAUAUUAUCGUGAUUAUAUUUUUUAUUGUGGAUUUUGCAGCCUUUGUUAAAGUGCAGGACGUGAGUUGGCGCUGACUGAGCUACGACAAUCAAAAUGAGAGCACAGUGAAAUGUUGCUUUGUGGACUCUUCAUUUCCAUUGCUAUGAAAGUUCCUGAAACUUUGACCCUUGAGCUAUGACUAGGAAAUCAUGUCUAAGCAGGGCAUGUCAUGGCCCUGGCAUGUCUAGUAAAAUUGUCAAGAUUGUGUUGGUGUCUUGUAGAUAGGAAAUGAAAAACAGUGACUGGCUCUGUGACACUCUUGAUCUGCACUAUUGGACAUCAGCCAGGAACAUGCGUGAUGCCAGACAAGAUAUAAAGUCUCUGGACUUUUCAUGAGCAGAUCUUUAAGUUAGGUUCGUGAUUGAAAUAGCUAUUCAAAAACAUAGUUGUAUUAAAAUACAUGAUUGUGGUUACACGUUGUGUUUGAGUGAAAAAUGUUGUUCAUUAUCACUACAGUGUUGACUUUAUGCCAUACUUUUUUAUGGGAUUGAAAUUAAUGCAGUGAUUGUAAUGGCCUUGUUCAGUGCGACGAUAGUUUAGUAUAUCUGUGGUGUAUAUUGUAGAUCUGUGUUUCAGUAGUUGCAACCCGACACUACAUUUUUAUGAAAAAAUAAGAAUAGGUUUUACCCUUUCUGGCAAUGAAAACAGGUGGUGUUAAGAUGU